AUGGCCGACCCACGCAGUCAACUCCUUGGCGUACUUCAUGAAGCGACAUCCCAAGAUCUUGCAAGGAUUCGACAGGCCGAACAGCUACUGAAACAAUGGGAAAAUGAACCGCAUUUCUUCGCUACUCUUCAGAGUAUAUUCCACGAUCCGGCUGUGGCUCACGACGUGCGAUUCCUUGCUGGCAUUUAUCUUAAAAAUGGCAUCAACCGUUUUUGGAGAAAGACGGCAAAGAAUCCUAUCAAUGCGGAGGAAAAAGCAAUCAUUCGGCAGAGGCUGCUAUGUUUUUUCUCGGAGCCUAGCAAGAAGCUCACUGCUCAAAACGCGGUCAUUGUCGCUCGUAUCGCAAGGAUGGAUUAUCCUCUGGAAUGGGCUGAUUUGAUGCCUACAUUGAUUCAAGUGAUUGAAGAUCCCGGAGCAAACAGCGAAGCACAUCUACGCUUGAUCCAUGAUCGCACCUUUGAGAUGCUCUAUGAAGUACUUUAUGAACUCAGCACACGACUCUUGUCUUCCGGCCGCAGGCAAUUCGCAGAAGUAGCACCCCGAAUAUUUCAGACAGUGGCAGCGACCUAUGAUAAUUAUACAAGCAACACCAUUUCAGAGCUCAUAAAGGGUGCAAUGGCAAAUCUGGAAUUGGAGCUCAAUAUCGUGUCAAUGUGCGUGAAAUGCUUGCGGAUUCUAUUGGUUAGCGGUAUUCAUGAUGUGCAUAAAUUUGAUGAGACCAAGAUGUUCAUUACCAUGAGCAAAGAGCGCCUAGAGAACUACAUGAAGAUCUACCCGCAACUUGGUUCUGCAACAAAUCCAAAGACCCACGAAUUGAUACAUUCAGUCAUCGAAGAGCAUGGAGCACUAUACUUGGCACUACAAAAAGCACAUCCGGUUUCGUGUGUUCUUUGUCCUGCAUGGCCUGACAUUUUGGGUUAUUACUGGGAGCAUAUUGUGCAAGAAGGCAAGCGUUUAAUUGAUCAAUAUCAAUCAGAAACAACCACACGGGAUCCUGGUUUCGAGCAGUUACUCUUGCAAGGAAUGUUACUUAUCAAAGAUACCAUCAAAAUGGCAGCAUCUACCACUGAGAGCACAUCGUCAGACAUACUCUCUGUGACGGACGAAGAGAAAGCGCUUGAAGGCGAAGCACGUGGUAUCCUGCAAACUCGAUUGAUUACUUCCGAAUUUGUCGCUCGAUGUGCCGAAGUCCUCGUUUCACAAUAUAUGCUCUUGACGCCAAGUGAUAUGGAGAAUUGGGAAGACGAUCCUGAAGGCUUUGUGAAUGCGAUGGAUUCAGAAAAUUGGGAAUUCGAACUUAGACCUUGUGCUGAAAUGACCUUUAUGGAUCUUUUUACACAUCACCGCGAUCAAUUGUGUCCUAUUAUUCUAAAUCUGAUUGGCAGUGUCACAGAUGUAUCGAAUUAUCGCGAAUUUCUAUUCAAGGAUGCGGUUUAUGCCACACUUGGACUUAGCGUGCAAUCCAUCUAUGGCCGAUUUGACUUUGAAGCAUUUCUUACCAACCGGCUGCUACCGGAGAUAUCAAACAAGGAUCCUAGUAUGAAAGUUCUUCAUCGCAGAAUCGCAUGGUUGCUUGGAAAAUGGGUUAAUGAAGGCAUCAGCGCUGAUUCCCGAGUGCUUGUGUACCAGGGUCUCGUGGAACUCUUGUCAAGAGAGGAUAUGGUUGUACGCUUAACCGCUGCUCACAGCUUGCGGCUAGCAGUGGACGACUGGGACUUUGAAAUUGGCAUCUUCCUACCAUACUUGGAGUCAUCCAUGGAUUUAUUCUUGAAGCUACUGAAUCAAGUUGAGGAGACCGACACAAUUAUGAAGCUCAUAUCGGAUUUGAAUGCCAUUACGGAUCGAACGGGAGCUCAUAUGAUGCCCUACAUACCAAAGAUGUUGGAUUUGCUCGCACCUUACUGGUCACGAGCACAAGAAGAGCCUUUAUUUCAAUCAGCAUUGGUUGUCACUUUCACAAAGAUCACUGGGAUUCUCCAAGAACAAUCCACUCAUGUACAUUCUCUGUUUUUACCAAUCGUUCAAAGCUGUGUCGAUCGCAAUAAUAAAGCGCAUGUCUACCUACUUGAGGAUGCUUUGGAUUUAUGGUGGACGCUACUGCAAACAACCCCGACACGCACACCUGAGAUUUCUAUGCUUAUUCCCGUGGCUAUAAGUCUGAUGGAUUAUGAUACCGAGUGUCUCCCUAAAGUGCUGAAAAUCUUGGAGAGUCAUCUUUUAUUGGAUGGUGCAACGAUGAUCCAGCAAUAUGGCGUGCAACUAUUCUCGAAUCUAGCAGUUUAUGUUGGAUGUGCAAAAUCAGGAGUAGCAUCUCAUAUUGCUCACGCUGGAGAAACCGCAUUACUCUCGUACGAACCAGCAACAUAUCGUGAAACCUUGGCGCAUUCAGGAUUUCUUGUAAAUAUCAUCGACGUGCUCUUAAAGGAGGAGCUCUAUGCCCACAAAAUCAUGUCAUACAUGACCGUGAUUGCAAGGCUUGCUAUUUGCGAUGCUCAAUUCCUUCUCGACUUUCUCCAUAUGACUGGUCAACAACAUGGGAUGGCUGGUGAUACGUUCUGUGGCGAGGUGCUUGACAAAUGGAUGGACAAAUUUGACAACAUUGGACACCCACAAACGCGAAAGUUACAUUGCAUUGGUUUAACCAGCUUGCUUUCGACACGUAAUCUCACGGUUCUCGCGAAGCUACCCAACAUUAUGGCCAUAUGGAUUGACGUUCUUGCAGAAGCGAAUGAUUCAGAGGAAGAUGCCUUCUUGUAUGGUGAACCUGAUUUAGCAAGCGACAUAGCCGAACUUGACGAGUCAGCCGAGAAAAACCGAAAAUUGAUGUUUCGUAAGCAGGAUCCGAGCUACGCACUAGACUUGAAAAAGAUGGUGAUGCAGACAUUGGAAGUGUGCGACGCAAAUGCAUCAGCUCAUGAGGGAUUUGAUAAAUCAGAAAUCGAUCAGACGCUACUCGAUCAGCUUAAUAAGCUUCUAGCUUAG